AUGAGAGAGCAAGUGAAUAUGGCAUUGCUGGACGACGACGAUGCGUUCGAAGCCGCGCUGACCUUCCUGGACGAAUAUGAAUUUGAGGAGGCAAAGGCCGAAGACUUUGGUACUCCUGGCGGCCACCACGAAGCAGCACAGACGAAGGGCAAAAGCUUUGGCUCUUUCGCCAACCCCGUGCCAAAGACUUGUACUAUGCCAUCCAAAGCGCCAACGGAGUCAUGGUCUAGUGAUGGCAAGUUGAGACGCAAGAAGGCGUUGAACGAGGAGAGGGAAAUUCUGCGCAAGACUGGCGUAUACGGCGACCCGAACCGGUCACGUAAUGAGCGAAAGAAAGAAAUAGCAUUCCUCCGGGAGCAGCUACAGAAGUUGCAGCUCGACUUGAGGGCCUUACAGAGCAGAGCGGCCGAACGCUCGCAUGAAAAAACAGCGGAUACUGAAGAGAGUGGCUGUGUUAUGGCGUUGAUACCAAAAGUGUGGCAAGAGAUGGCGGUGCAUCAGCGACGACGACGACAGGAGGCGGAGCACGAGAAUAUUCACUUGAAACUGGUGGUGGAGCAGCAGCAAAAAGUGGCGGACAACCUUUGCAGCUUACUACGGAAGCGAUCAACUCAUUUGGUAUCGUGCAAACCUCUUUUGGUGCUCUGUGCUGCCGCCAAAUGGUUUACUUAG